AAGUCCCAGGCAUCACACUUUUUUGCUCCUGCGUAUUUCCACAUCCAUCUCUAAAUACAUGGACAUUUUCUUUCAUAAUGACACUGCCAUUAUAACACUUAAAAGAGUUAACUAUAAUAAUCUGAUACCCAAAUUAGAUUUCCACAUUUUUCUCUAAAAGUGCCUUUUUAAAAAAUGGAUUUGUUAGAAUCAGGAUCCAGACUGAACCACAAAGUAUAUGGUACCUAAUGUGCGAGUACUCUGAACCUGCAGUAAAGCUCCAUACAACUUAAAGUGGUUAUCGAAAGAAAAUUAUUUUACACAACUGAUUUACAAAUCUCUUUAGAGAAUUCCUAUCUUUCAAACGUAAAAUUCAGUCUAGUUUUCUCAUUAAGACAGUAAUGACCUGAAUGACCUGUUGGCUAAAGCCACAAGAGUAGUAACCUACUGCAAAAAGCCUGCCUUCUGAUUUUCUUGUUAUGAAUUUUCUUCAUUGCGGAACCAAAAGAGCAACAGAUAACCUCAACAUCUUACAUAGCUGUUCAUUGGUACCUUCCUUCAAAGAGCAGUUCUUCUACCUUUGCUCCAGGUUCCAUUUCUCAAGUGACUGCUUUAUCAAUUACCCACUUGUGUUAAAUUGGCAUACAGCUCUGUUUUCCUAUCUUUCAGUUUAAAAACAGAAACAAACCUCCACAGACUUCACACUCCCCUUCAGCAACAGCCCCACCGCAUGGGAAGCCAAAUGUUUUAGAAGGUUGUUUGCUGAAUUAUGAAAUCAGUGAGUUGAUCUUGAGCACUGUCUCCUAAGGGAGCUUCAGGUACUUCAGGUAUUUCCACACUCCAUAUGGAUAGCAGGCCAGGGAGUACAGUGUGCUUAGCCGAGACUCCCCCCUCCUCCAUUUUGGAUGGCUACUGCCAUUGUAUGAUACUGUGACUCUCCAUUUUACACAUUUCAACUGUUUAUCCCCCCCCCCCUUUUCUGUUUAGACAUUCUCCAGGGAAGUGUUAACAGUUGAUUAGGUUGAAACCUAAUCAAUGGCAACAAUCCAGCUCAGUCUUCUUUUUGAAAGUAUUCUUGUAUCCAUGCAAGUAAACCCAAGUUAUUGGCUGCUUGGGAGUAAGUUUGAGAUCCUGAAGAAAAGUCUAGGCUACAGUCGUAGGCCUGUAACCGAAGACUGAAGAUUAUCUUAGAGAAUAGUAUAUAAAGUCUACCUAGAGAGAGAGUAGAGUAAGAGAGAAGAAUGCUGAGGAAUUCAACGUAUUGGUAGAAAAGAAUCUAGUAAAGAAUCUUGAGAAAGAGUGGCCAGAGAGGUAGAAGGAAGCCAAGGGAAAAGAGUGUUAGCUGUGUUGAAUGCUCCUGAAUCAUCAAGGACCCAGAAGUGUCCAUUGGAUAUAGCAGCACUGUGGUAAUUGGUGAUCUUGAUGACUAAAUCUGUGGUUGAGUGGAAACAAUCCAGAUAAGAAUGGGUAGAAAAGUGAUUGCAAUCUAAGGUUAUGGUGGAUUAAGCUAUGAGUGGAAAGUACAGGAGUGGAAAGACUUCUUUUUCAGAAAUCUUGAUCUUGAAAGGAUGGAGUGAUAGAAAGUCGAGAGAGGUUAUAGAUAAAGUCUUAAUUUUAACUGUAGCAUUUUUUUAGAAGUAUUUCUUGGAUUAAUGCUCUUGUGUUCUGAUGAUAUAAUAAUCAUUCCCCACACUGAUUUCUUGAACCUUUUCCUGAAUUAUGAGAACUUGAGUUUGAGAGUUAAUCAGUUUUAGGAAAUUGUGGAUCGCUCACGCAUGAUUAGAAAGAGAAGAAAUAAGGGGAUAGAGAGUUGAAGGAUAGAACAUGGAAGAUAGCAGUUGUUGAGGUCUUUGUUUCAAAUUAGGGUGCUGAACCUUGCUUGAGGUCUUGUUUCAGGGAAUAGGGAGCUGAAUUGUAUGGAUGAACUUAAAUAGUGGGCAGGGAGUUGAGAAGUACCUAUUCAGCAUAUAGAGAAGGUUAAGUAAAGAUUCAGAGGUUUUUCCAUCUCAAGCAUCCAAGGUAACAUUUCUGGGACUGUAGGCAGACCUGCAGAGGAACAGGCAGGAGUCAGUUGUUCAGAAUCAUGAAAUAUCAAGAAGACUGUCAUUGAAUGGAAUAUAGAUCCACAUUUCUUUUGGAAUGUACAUCUGCCAACAAAGCAAAAUGCAGGACCAACGCCACACUGAAACCUGUGGGGGAGGGAGAGUCUGGGAAGUUUUAUGAAGGGAGCAGUAGCAGUGUCAGUUCAGAGAAGUUAAGUACAGAUAAGAGAAGUAGUGAAGACCACAGGAAGGACAGCAAGUGUAGGAUCAUUUUCCAUUAUGGACCUUUCCAGGGAACAGCCAGAGGUUGUUGGAUGGACGUAUGGGAACUAAUGUCCCAAGAAUGCAGGGAUGAAGUAGUUUUAAUCGACUCUAGUUGUCUUUUAGAAACACUAGAAACUUACCUGCGAAAACACAGGUUUUGCACUGAUUGCAAAAAUAAAGUCCUCCGAGCAUACAACAUCCUUAUUGGUGAACUUGAUUGCAGCAAAGAGAAGGGCUACUGUGCUGCACUUUAUGAAGGCUUGCGGUGCUGUCCACAUGAACGGCACAUACACGUUUGCUGUGAAACAGACUUCAUUGCACAUCUCUUGGGUCGUGCUGAGCCAGAGUUCGCAGGAGGGUAUGAGCGAAGAGAAAGGCAUGCUAAGACAAUAGAUAUAGCUCAAGAGGAAGUUCUGACCUGCUUGGGAAUUCAUCUUUAUGAAAGACUGCAUCGAAUCUGGCAAAAACUACGAGCAGAGGAGCAAACAUGGCAGAUGCUUUUCUAUCUUGGUGUUGAUGCUUUACGCAAGAGUUUUGAGAUGACUGUGGAAAAAGUACAGGGUAUUAGCCGAUUAGAACAACUUUGUGAAGAAUUUUCAGAGGAGGAACGAGUAAGAGAACUCAAGCAAGAAAAGAAACGCCAAAAACGGAAGAAUAGACGAAAAAAUAAAUGUGUAUGUGAUAUUCCUACUCCCUUACAAGCAGCAGAUGAAAAGGAAGUAAGCCAAGAGAAGGAAACAGACUUCAUAGAAAACAGCUGCAAAGCCUGUGGCAGCACUGAAGAUGGUAAUGGUUGUGUAGAAGUCAUUGUUACCAAUGAAAAUACAUCCUGUACCUGUCCUAGCAGCGGCAAUCUCUUGGGGUCCCCUAAAAUAAAGAAAGGCUUAUCACCACACUGUAAUGGUAGUGAUUGUGGAUAUUCAUCUAGCAUGGAAGGGAGUGAAACAGGUUCUCGGGAGGGUUCGGAUGUUGCCUGCACUGAAGGCAUUUGUAAUCAUGAUGAACACGGUGACGACUCUUGUGUUCAUCACUGUGAAGACAAAGAGGAUGAUGGUGAUAGUUGUGUUGAAUGUUGGGCAAAUUCUGAAGAGAACAACACCAAAGGAAAAAAUAAAAAAAAGAAAAAGAAAAGCAAGAUGUUGAAAUGUGAUGAACAUAUCCAAAAGCUUGGAAGCUGUAUUACAGAUCCAGGUAAUCGAGAGACCUCAGGAAAUACCGUGCACACAGUGUUUCACCGAGACAAGACCAAAGAUGCACAUCCUGAAAGCUGUUGCAGUUCUGAAAAGGGUGGGCAGCCACUGCCUUGGUUUGAGCAUAGGAAAAACGUACCACAGUUUGCAGAAUCCACAGAACCGUCAUUUGGUCCUGAUUCCGGAAAAGGUGCCAAGAGCUUAGUUGAACUCCUUGAUGAGUCUGAAUGUACUUCAGAUGAGGAAAUCUUUAUCUCACAAGAUGAAAUACAGUCAUUUAUGGCUAAUAACCAGUCUUUCUACAGCAAUAGAGAACAAUACCGACAGCAUCUGAAGGAGAAAUUUAAUAAAUACUGCCGCUUAAAUGAUCACAAGAGGCCCAUUUGUAGUGGCUGGUUGACAACGGCUGGAGCAAAUUAAAUAAAUAAAAUAGCUCUGUCUUUCAAUGAAACACUCAAGAUGACUACUGCGCCUUCUCUUUCAAAAAACUCUUAAUUUAGUGACUUAUGGCAAAAUUUUAUCUUAAAUCAAUGUGAUUCUUUCUUGUUUUGGGAGACGGUGGAGGUAACCUCAUUAGUUUGUUCUUUCUUCAGGCUUGUGUCUUUAGUUGCGUGGCUGCGCAGGCCUGCCAUAUGAUUUAAGCCAUCUCUCUUCAUUAAAUGUUUCUCUUCCUGUGAGACUUACUAAAGCAACUUAGUGGCAAAAAGUAAUGUUGUACUUCUACUUCUGUACAGAAAUGACAAUGAGCUGAAUAUAUGGUUUUACAAAGUAGACAUCCACUUGAGAAAUGUUUGGAUGUAAUGUUAAAGCGCAAUGUGCAAAAUUUAAAAUAAAGAAUAUUUAUUAAUACGCAUAGUAAAAA